AUGAUUCAAGAGAAUAUGAAAGCUUCGCAUAUCCUUCAUAAGAGCUACCAUGAUAAGAGGAGAAAAAAACUUGUGUUCCAAGAGGAAGACCAUGUGUUCCUGAGAGUUACUCCGGUAAAGGGUGUUGACCAUAAGUUGAAGUCUAAGAGACUUACGCCGCGUUUCAUUGGUCUGUUUGAUAUUAUUCAAAGGGUGGGAGAGGUGGCCUACCGAGUGGUGUUACCGCCAUAUAUUUUGAAUCUUCAUGAGGUGUUUCAUGUGUCUCAGCUGAGGAAGUACAUCCCUGAUUUAUCUCAUGUGAUCAAGUUGGAUGACGUUCAACUUAGAGAGAAAUUGACACAUGAGAAUUUAUUGUUGAGGACUGAAGACCGUAAAGUGAAGCACUUGCAAGGAAAGGAGAUCGCUUCAGUGAAAGUUGUUUGGGGGCGUCCUGCUGGUGGUAGUGUGUUGUGGGAGCUCGAGAGUAGGAUGAAAGAGUCUUAUCCAGUUCUUUACUAG